AUGGGUAACAAAAGGAAGAGGGUGGCGAAGGAGGCCCUAGCCGAUAACCAGCCAUCUCAGAAACGCUCAAAGAAAGAAACCCCCGCCGUCAAUGGCUCGACGAACUCGAAGCCCGUGAAGGUGCAGCAGCUCUCGAAGAGCGCCUUCACCGAGAACCCCACUGUUGACGAGCGCAAGCGCGAGAUGCUCCUCUACGACAAGCUCGGCAGCGAAGAUGUCAACGAACGGAUUGAGGCCGCUGACGCUAUCAUCUCUGGUCUCCUCGGCGGCAACGGCGUGCCCGAGCCUGUCCUCUUGCGCCAUCUUGAGAAGCGCCUGUUCCGCGGCCUGGCUAGUGGGCGCAAUGCCUCGCGCCUUGGCUUUAGCCUAGUAUUGACCGAGAUCCUUGGUCAGCUCUUCGGCGAGAAGAACCUGGCUGGCUCGAAGUACACGGGUUUGACGUUCGACAAGGUGUGGGGGAUAUUGGUACAGAAGACACAGGCCGCGGGUGCCAGCAGUGGGCAGGAGGAGAGAGACCAUUACUUCGGGCAGCUGUUCGGUGUCGAGUGCUUCGUCCGGUCAGGCGUCCUGUUUAGCGAUAGCUCAAGGUGGAUGGUGGCUCUUGACUUGCUGUUGAAGCUGGCGGCCAAGAAGUCCUGGCUCAAGUCCCAGUGCGGUUAUGUCAUGGUCCAAGCGAUCUCCCAGAUGAAGCAGGACCUUGCCGAGAAGACGCUGGGAAAGCUGGCUGAGGAGGGAUAUGCGAAGACUCCAGAGGGUGUGGGCAUCUGGAUUGCUGCUCUUGACCGGUUCCCAGACAUGAAGGUGCCGGCUCAGCCUUGGAGGCAUCCACUGUCGAACACAUCCCUUACGGCUCUGCCCGCAGCGCUGAAGGACAGCGGCAAGGAGCCAUCAAACAACGAGGAUGGAGCCAAGAAGCAGCAGCCUAAGCAGGGUGGGUGGACUGCCCAGCUGCACUUUGUUUGGGACUUGAUCCUCGCUCACUACAUUAAGCUCGUUGGGACCAAGUCUGAGGAUGAGGUUGCCAAAGAGUUCGAGCAAUUCUGGAACCGGGUUGUUGAUGAGAGCUUUUUCUCCAAGAAUGCUUCCGACCCCCAGAAGUUCUCCGGCUUCAUGAUCUUCGGCAAGCUGCUCGAAAGCUUUGCCACCACCCCUGCGCUCAUCUCGCCCCUGUUUAGCAAGAACCUCAUGGUCUGCCUCAUGAAUCAGGCUGCCAAGGAAGAUCGCUACCUCCACCGUGCUGCCAUCAAGGCCCUCAAGGCUAUCGAGACCACCGUCGAGAAAACACCAUCCCUUCUUCCCAUAAUCCUCAAGGAGCUGCUCGGAAAGCAGGGGGCAUACAACUUCGAUCAGCGCACCAAUACCAAGACGGUGGACAAACUGCUCCAAUUCACCACUCCCGCUACCAUCAAGGCUGUUCUCAAGAUCCUCCAGGUGAACAACGCCUCAAAGAGCGGCCUCGAGGAGCCCAAGUACUAUCAGGCUCUUGGUGGCUAUCUGUUCAGGUUAGCCAGCGUCUCCUCUGAAGAUGCCGACGGAGGGUCUUCGAAAUCGGUUUCUGGCACGGCGAUCAAGGUCCUCACGGAGCUUGCAUACUCGAACAAAUCAGUUCCUGAAGAGAUGAAGCAGCCCCUUCGAACGAGGACUACCUCUGCGUUCGCCAAGCUGGUCAAAAGAGCUGAAGACUUCGGUCAUCUCUGCGAUGCCAUUCUGUCUAUUGAGGCUGAUGUGGACUCUGAGGAUGAGGUUGCCAGCUCCAUUCUCCUUACGGCCUAUGAGAGGCUCAAGGACCUGCUUGAUCCCAAGAAGGAGACUGAUACCACAAGGGCUCCUCGUCAUGCCCUCGCGCUUCUUCAUGCCGUUGGCAUUCUCCAGUUCUAUAACCAGGAUCCUGACGUCGUCGACAUGUUUGAAGAACUUGGCGAGUGCUAUGAGAAGCUCGAGAGACACAAACAAGGGUCAGAGGAGGAGGGCAUUUCGGAGUUCCUGGUUGAAAUCCUGCUGGCUAUGGUUGCUAGGCCGUCAGCGCUCAUGCGUCAGGUGUCGCAACAAGUGUUUGAGGCUUUCACUGGGUUUAUGUCUGCCGAGGCGCUGCACCUGCUCACCGAUCCUCUUGCCGCUGAGGAGAGCGAGAAGGGCCAGCAGGCUUUGUUCAGCACCGAGGACGAGGACAUGGCGGAUGCCGAGGCUGGGUCCGAUGAGGGAAGCGAUUUCGAGCUUGACUCGGAUGUGGAGAUGGUCGACCUGGACAAAGCUGGCUCUGAAAGCCCUGAGGCCAGCGAAGAGGAAGCCUCUGACGACGAAGGCGGCGAGAAGAAGGCUGACAUGAACGACGAAGAUCUCAUCAUCCUCGAUGACGAGUUGGCCAAGGUACUCGGCACGCAUCGUCUAGAUAAGGACCUCGAGGUCUCGUCAGACUCCGAGCCCGAAGACCUCUCCGACUCCGAAAUGAUGGAGCUCGACGCCAAGCUAGCCGAAGUUUUCCGCCAGCGCUUCAAGGCCAAGAACAAGAAAAAGGAAAAGAAAGACGCCAAGGACACGGUCGUCAACUUCAAGCACCGCGUUCUCGACCUCCUCGCCAUCUUUGUUCGUAAAGAAGCGGCCGUCGCCAACCCCCUCGCCUUCGACGCCCUUAUGCCCCUACUCCAGCUCAUCCGCUCCACAACCGUCCGCCCCCUUGCCAAUAAGGCGUGCGACAUCAUCGCCAACUUUUCCAAAUCUCUCAAGAAAGCGCGCAGCACCGGUGCCGGCAGCCUCGAGGAGCUAGACAAGGACGCCCUGCUGGACCUGCUGCGCGAUCUGCAUGUGGAGGUGUCCAAGGACAUGGCGCAUGCGUUUUCAAGAGCUGUGUCAACGGCUAGUUUGGCGAUUGCGAGUGUUCUGUGUGCCGAUAGGGAAAAGCAGGAGAAGGUGUUUGGGUUGUAUGCGGAGACACAACUCAAGUGGGUGAGGGGAGAGGUUAAGAUCCAGCCAGCUUUCUUCUCGGACUGGUUGAAUUGGUGCCAGGGGAAGGCGAGUGCUGCUGCUGCGGAGAGGGAGGAGGUGAAGCAAGGUGAGUUGGAGCAGGGUGAGAAGGAGAGGGAAGAGGAGCAAAAGGAACAGAAGAAAGAGAAGACGCAGAGCAAGAACGACGAGAAGGCUCAGGAGAUCAAGGCUGAAGAAACUGAGGUCCACGGUGACGAGGAGAAAAAGAGCAAGCAGGACAACAACAACAACAACAACAACAACAACAACAACAACAACAUGAAGAAGAAGAAGAAAAAGAAGAAGGAGUAG